AUGGAGUCUUCGGUCGAUGACCUGGGCGACUUCACCAUUACCCUCGAAAUCAGCAAGGUUCAAUGGAUCUACGAGCAAGCAUCACUCAAGGUCCACAAGAUCGUUGCGAAAGAGCAUCUACGCGGACUAGUUCAUGUCCAGGGUGUACAUGAGCAAACCCUUGAUCGAGUCCAACAUGUCUUUCCUCACGCCAGAUACGAGUGGAAGAUCUGGCGUGCAGAUUACGGCGCAUAGAGUUAUUUGUGUAAGUUGUUGAGAUUCCGCUUUGUCGUCUAUAUAACACCAUCGUCGGACUAAUUGAACUUAUUCUUUCCAGUUGGAAAAGAUGCGCCCUACCCAAUUCCACAACCGUCCAAGUUCUCGACCCAAGAGACGCCAGAAAUACCCGCGAAACCAAUGACCCCAAGAAGCCAGACGACCUCUCCACCAAUGUUCGCUUUUCAAGGUUCGACAUUAUCUGCCUUACAAGAGCAGAAGGGUAGCAGCGUUUCUAGUCUCGAUUCGUCCGACACCACCUCCAGGUUAUCGACAGACUUCAACGCGUCCACAAGGUCUUCAACUCCAACUCCAACUCCAUCGCCAUCCUUCUCUCCAUCGCCGUCCUUUUCUCCAUCGCCAUCUCUUUCUCCAUCGCCAUCCUUCUCUCCAUCCCCAUCGUCGUCGCCAUCUCCCGCGCCAGACUCCUCUAUAUUAUCGACGUCGACAGAUAUCAGCUAUACCCCAAAAGCUUCAACUCAAACUCCACCGUCUGAACCAGCCUCCGCACCAGAAAGCAAAUCGUCAAUCUUACCUCCGACAAUUCCAUUCUCCUUCAAAACAAGCAGCCCCAAUGCAGAGUUCUCAUUCAUCCCACCAGUAGUACAUGCUAGCCCGCAACUACAAGAACAAAAACAACCGCAAUCGACACUAAGCCCAUUGAGACCCAUAGGUGGAGGAUUCGGCUGGUUCACUAUUGGUCGUGACGAGGCGAUGCAGGCGAGGGUUUUAUUUUUAUGA